GAAGGUCGAUUCAAAAAGGAAGUAUUAAACAUAGAGUUUCAAGAUGGCGUCCGGUAAGAGUGAAGACACAUCAGAUGAGAUUUUCAAUUUUAAAUGUUCACCUUGUUUGGCCAAUAAUCGGAAUAGAGAAGCUGUGAAAUAUUGCGUGGAAUGUCAAGGAUAUUAUUGUCAGUCUUGUGCUGAUAUAACUCAUAUGAUUCCUGGUUUAAAAGGUCACAUGAUUUUGGAUAACUCAAACUAUAAGUCUCCAGGCCUCCCAGCAGGAUUACCAGCAGUACCGACUGAAAGAUGUUGCAUUCAUGAGAUAAAGAUCGUGGACAUGUACUGUGGUAAUCAUGAUGAGGUUGGUUGUACAACAUGCAUGGCUUUAAACCACAGGUCUUGUGCUGAUGUGCAAUCCAUUCCAGAUAUUGUCGACGGUAAAUUUCAAACAGAUGUUGAGAAAAUACACCAAAAGUUGCAAGACUUGAAAAUUAUGAUGGAGAAGAUCAUGAACGCUAGACAAAGACUGAUAGAAGACUUAAAGAAGUCUAAGACGGAAGCAGUAAUGGCGAUAAAGGACUUUCGAAAAAACAUGGAAACAAUUCUUGAUCAAUUAGAAAAAGAAUCGAUUAAAGAAUUAGAGAUGAAAUUCAAAGAAGAACAGUCGAAACUGCUGGAAGAGAAGAAGAAAGCAAAAACUGAAUUAGAUGGUCUGAAACAAGCAAUGAACGAUUUGAAGAAAUCGGAAGGAAACAAAGCGCAACAAUUUGUCUCCAUGAAAAUGUCCCUGCAAAGUAUCGCAAAAAUGGAAGACGUAUCUCAUUCAUUGCAAGAAAGUGUUGAUGAAAAUAUAUCAUUUAGCUUUGAUCCUGCUAUACUGAGAUUUCUACUGGCGUUGAAAACUUUUGGAUCGGUCCGACAUGAGUCUGCCAUUGCUGUAAGAUCGCCAAGGACAACCGUUUAUUCUGUUAAAAGAAUCGAGAAUCUAAACAUCAGAGGCCAGAAUGACAACAAACUAUGUUGUGUGUAUGGAUCCUGUCUAACAGAAGAUGGAUCACUACUGAUAGCUGAUUGUAACAAUAAAAAGAUAAAACGUGCAGAUAUUGUAAAAAUGUCAGUGACAGAUUAUUGUUGUGUUCCUGCUGGACCUAAUGGCGUUUGUUGUACAAGUAAAAGUGAAGCUGCAGUCUGCCUGAACAAUAAUGCAAUUCAGUUUGUCUCCCUUGGCAAGCAGAUGACAACCACUCGUCAGAUGAAACUGAACCAUUUUUGCUUUGGCAUUGCUUAUAAGGAUGAUAAACUAUACAUAACUGACAACGGGAGAUCGUUAUACAUACAUGAUACGACAGGCAACAUACUACAGAAGGUAGCUCUAGACAACGUGUCACACAGUCGAACUGUUGCAUUCAGUGAUGUUAAUGAUAAAGUGUUUGUUGCCAGCUUGGGUACAGGUCUAGUAAUAGUAAAAAUCAAUGGACAGGGAAAACACUGUCAGACCUUCACUGAUUCAGAGUUGAACGUAGCGUCUGGAGUUUGUACAGAUCGUAGAGAAAAUCUGUUUGUAUCUGGGUUCAGUUCGGGUAACGUGAUACAGAUAGGGAGAGAUGGGAAGAAAAUGGGAGAGGUCGUGAAAUCAUCAGAUGGACUGAAGCGUCCGUUAUCACUUUGUUUUGACACGAAACAGUACAAACUAGCUAUUACACAAGAAAGCAGUGAUGUGGUUAAAAUUAUUCUUCUGCAAUGAAAAAGAAUGUUAAACAACUUUGUUACUGUUGGAUGUAUUGAUGUUGUUUCAUGCCAUUUUUUUACUGAGUCGGUACUGAUUUCAUUGACGAAUUUAUUAAUUUCGUAAAGCACACGUUAUUUUGCAAGAUAAAAUGGUUUUUAUUUCUAUGUCUGUCCACCGCUAGGAGUAAGCAAGUUCGGAGAGAAGUGAUGGGGGGAGGUCUUUCAUAGCUAUUCAAGUUUCCCCUAGAACCUUGUUGUACUUGAAAAUUCUCCUUUUCUUUGUUGUACUUAUUAUGAUAUUUUCUUUUUUCUGUAUACUCUUUUGAAUAGCCUUUUAUCUUUACUUAUAUAUUUUGUAAAUAAAAGACGUUUGGGCCAAAAAUUGCGGGUGUGGACUAAGAAUAUGUUGACGCCUACAGUGAACGUUGGGGACGUGGUUCCCGCCCCAAUUACCCAUCUACUCAAAGCCUACGGACGAGAAGGAAUAGAGUUUAGUUUGACAUUGAAUCAAGAAUAAUUCCGACCGGCAGUUGUCAGGCAGCUGUUUUUUGGAUAAAGUUGAGCAAACGAAAGAUGUCAAAUAUGUGAGUAUGGCACAUCACAUUUGUCGCAGUUUAUUAAUAAAAAUAGUGUCAGAUCAAGUUUACUCUUUUCGAAAUUCAUGUCGCUGAACUAUCUCGCAUUGCAGGAUUUUAACUGCUACUAAAAUUAUGAACAUGGACCAUGGCUUCUUACCACACGUUAUUGUCUAUAUGUUUUACUGGAAUGCAGUGGAUCUUGACCUUUAAAAGACAAAUUAGAUAACUAAACAUGACUGUAAAUAAAAAUUGAAAACAAAAAGGUUUUCAGUUAGUAAAUCAAAUGCAACGUUAUUUUCUGCGUUGUCACACAUUAUAGAAUUGAGGGAAAUUUGUUUUACUGUAUAUAAUAUUCAUAAAAUAUAAGUAUUAUUGAUAAUUGUUUAUAUUUUU